CCAGGGGAAGAAUGCUAGCACAGCCUUCUUUACCUCAUGGGAAGUGUUUUAAGGCUGACAAUCUCUGAAGUAGUAUUCAUUUCAGCAUCUUGGAAAUAAACCACAGCUUUAUUCUCUUAUUCAGCCGCGUGGGAUUAAUGCAUAGAUAACAAUAUCUAUACUAAAGAAAAUCACAGGAGAACUCAAACUCUGCUACAACGUCACAAAGAAAGUGUUCUCGAUAGUCAACACUACCAUUUCUUCUCAGCUCAGAAAAAGCCAGACUCAUUUUCUCUGCUAAAAUGACGACUUUGCAGACCAUCUUUUUUUUAUUUUUCAUUGUGCCUUUGGUGAAGUUAGUACCACCAAUUCAACAAGAGUCACUCAAUCUUUAUGAGUAUGAUACAGACAUUUUUGAAGAACUGUUUAAACAAGAUUAUGAAGACAAAUCCCAGGAUGCAAUAAAGAAAAAGGGAAAAGAUGGCAUGAUUGUUUCUCCUGACUCUAACAUACAGCUGCAGAGAGAUGAGAGUGUACCUAAAGUACGACCAACCAAAGAUACAAAUUUGCCCACUUGUCUGCUGUGUGUGUGUUUAAGUGGAUCGGUAUACUGUGAAGAAAUUGAUAUUAUUGCUAUUCCCCCUCUGCCAAAGGAAACAGCCUAUCUUUAUGCACGAUUCAACAAAAUAAAGAGAGUGGCAGUCUCAGAUUUUGCUGAUAUUCCUACGUUAAGAAGAAUUGAUUUAACUGGAAAUAUGAUAGACGAAAUUGAAGAUGGUGCCUUUUCAAAGCUUCUGUUAUUAGAAGAACUUUCACUUGCUGAAAAUAAACUGAUAAAACUUCCAGUUCUGCCCCCCAAGCUAAUUACAUUUAAUGCAAACUACAACAGAAUUAAGAGCAGAGGUAUCAGAGGAAAUGCUUUCAAGAAGCAGACCAAUUUGUCAUAUCUCUAUCUAGCACACAACACACUGGAAUCUGUACCUCUUAACUUACCAGAGAGUCUGCGUGUUCUGCACCUUCAGUUUAACAACAUAACCUCAAUCACAGAUGACACAUUCUGCAAAUCCAACAACACACGUUAUAUCCGUUCGCGUAUGGAUGAGAUAAGAAUGGAAGGCAACCCAAUCAUCUUGGCAAAGCAUCCUAAUGCUUUUUCUUGCUUGAAAACACUGCCUGUAGGAGCAUAUUAUUAACCACUACCUAUUAAUUAUACUAAAACUUAAGUAUGGUAACAGAUGAUCAUUCCUGUUCCUUUUUUAAAUGACUAUAUCCUUUCCCUUUUAAUUAUGUUUUUCUAUAUACCUAUUCUAUGAACUUUUAAUCAGGUUAAAAAUGUAGUUCUAGUCUGAAAAAUCACUAUGUAAAAAAAACAGCAUCUGCUCACUUGGCAGACCCAAUACCACCUGUACUUUCAGAUUCAUGUGAGUUUAUAACACUGUCAAAAGUAUGGGCUUAACCAGGGGUUUAAUUGCAAUACUCAUAUGAAUAUGGAUUGCAGGAUCAGGCUGUAAGUUUUAAUUACUUUAUUCAUACUAACACUGCAAAGCAAACACAGCUGUGAGAAUGUUAUUCUGGCUUGCACAUCAGCAGAAUUGCUAAUUAAGUUCCAAGAGACAGCCACCCACCCACGCAACUCAAUUGGGGUUGCACUGGUGUAACUACAACCAGAAUCUGGCUCAAAUCAUUUUAAUUACUGAUUAAAAUCCAUGACCUGUAAAAAGCACAGGUUCACUCUAUGUCUUUGCCUUGAUCAGGAAAAUCAUUGAAUUCAGAUCAGGCUUCGAGCAGAUGAACUUCGUUUUUCUUUUGGUAAACCAAGAAAGUUUCACUGGAACUCACUAAGAAAAAAUAAAGAUGGACUUUUACAAUGUCACUUUUUAGAAUAGGAGCCAUAGUUCAAUUACUGGAAAAAUGUAAAAAACAGACACAGAAAACUUUAAAAUGCUUAGGAAUAAAAUGCAAAGUUGGUUCUCUCUUAAACUGUAAAACUGUGUGAAAAACUAAUACAAUUAUAUUACCAACAUGGUUUUACCCUUUUAGCUUUUUUCAAAUGCAAGCAAUAUAAAGGGACAAUCUCAUAUUAAUGGUGGGGGCUUCUGACUGACAAUUCAGAUUAAAUAAAGAUAACUACACCUUAAAGAUAUUGAUUCUGACUUAACACAAAUACACAAUUUCAGAUUACUUUUCUUUUUCUGUUUUUGUUUGUUUCAAUAGGAAUUUGCACAGACCUCAUUUGGCUUAGUUGCUUCAUAAAUACAAAUGUACAGAAAACCCUAAUCACUAAUACUAGACUUAUUUUUCCUGGACAAGUGGUAAAUGAAAGGAGCUUGUUGAAAUAUGAAAAGUUCUCAACUUCAUAGCUACUAUUUUUUUUUAUUUGUAUAGUUAUUUAAAUUUCAAAUACAUAAAGGUAUUUCACUUUGGAAUCACUGUUUUUCCUUAGUAAUAAGCCAGUUUACAGUAACAACUUUUUUUUUAUUUCCAGUCUAAUUAAACAAUAAUAUGACAGUGCUUGACCUGAGCAACGAAUGUAGUUGAAUUGAAUAUUAUUAUGUGCACAUUAAAAGCCCGAGGUACUGUUAGUAUGCACCUAUGAAAAUUGAAACCUAAUAGGCUUUUUAGUAGUGUCAAAAUCAAAAAUUGUUUGGCUGGUUUUAAUUUUCUUGGAGAAGAAAGUGAUUAUUUUAUUAUAAUUAUUUAAAAAAUAAAAAUAAGCCAGAAGAUUUUUUUUAUCUUGAAUCCAUAAUUAAGAAAAAUCACAAUCAGACUUGCACCAGUAUUGUUUCGUUUUUAUUUCUUUUAAAUCCCCUGAAAUUUUGAAAACUAAAUCUAUCACUCUUGUUGGGGUUGAUGAAUUCACUAGCAGCUAGAACACUUGAUUUUCAUUUUCCAUUUAAAAAAAAUUACUCGAGUCAUGAAACUCCUAUGCUUUAAAGUUUUUAAUAUAAAAAUAAAAACAUCCACCCCACAGCAGCCACGAUUAUAUUCCAAGUUCAAGUCAAGCUGAUGCCAAAAGGAAAGAAGAAAAACAUUUCUUUGUCCUAGUAGUGGCCAAUGUAUAACAGGAAGAAAAUUCAUCUUAACAAUAACCAGUAUGAGUAAUAAUGUUGUACAUGUAGCAGGUGCACUAUAUCUUGCUCUCAUUCCAAACCUUGAUUAGUAGAGAAAGCUCUUUCCAUACGUAAAUAGGACCAAAGAACAAUGAUUGAAGUUGGUUUAGGACUGCUUUCCUAUGAAAACUCAGGUUUUUAUACAUAUUAGAAAGAAUCACCAAUAUUUCUUAAAAACGCUCUUUAACGGUCAUUAUUAAAGAUUUAUUUAUAUAUUGUACCACAAACUAGCAGGUAAAUUAAUUUAAUCUCCUAAUAUUCUCUCAAAAAAGCUAAAAUGCUACAAGACGACAAGGGAUAGUCUCUGAAAUAUUAGUGUAUGUAAUUUUAUAUUGUUUAAUUUAUCAUCCCCAACACAGUGUAGUUUAGCUCUCAAAAGCCUUAGAGUAAUAUAGGAGAUGGACUGGGAAAUUAAGGAAUUUUUGAAAAGUCUAUCAUGUACUUGUUUCGCCUUCAUUUCUAAUAAUCUCUUAUGAAGCUGAAUACAGAUUUCUUAAUCUACUGAUUUUUUUUGACCAAUCAUUCUUUUGUAAUCCACGGCUUUUUUUAAUGAAACUUGAAAGUAUUUUUUUCUUCUUUAUUAGUCCAGCAGUAUCAGUUAAGAUACAGAACUCCUCAUUUAACGUCCUCCUGCUUAACGUUGUUUCAAAGUUAUGUCACUGCUCCAUUAGGGAACAUACUUGUUUAAAGUUGUGCAAUGCUCCCUUAUAACAUCCUUUGGCUGACUUUACAAGGGAGCAUUACACAAGUUCCUCUUCUCCGCCUCCUCCCCCUCCCUUCCUCCCUCCCUUCCAAUGCUUCCCCCGUCACCAAACGGCUGUUUGGUGGUGCUUAGGACUUUCUGUGAUGGAGGGAGGGAGGCAGUGAGCAAGCGAGCGGAGAAGCUGC